AUGGAAAACAGUGCCUUGACCAAAGAUAUCGUUGGGAAAUACGCUAGCCAGUCCCAAAUACCCUCAGAUGGUGGUUUGGCAGUUACUCUGGGUGAAACACAAGAGAUCUUCGGCCGCGGAGUUCUCCGUAUUCAUACUCACGGUCCUCGACAUGCCUAUUUCAUGACGUUCCUUCCAGAGCCUGGUAGCCAGGAGCUAGGAGUUGCUGCUAAUCUGCAUCUUCAGGCUCUUGAACCUGAGAAUCCUGUCCUUACCCGCGGACUACGCGACAUUGAACUUGUCGAUCCAAUAAUUCCGAAGGGUAAUACUUGUAAGGCUUCUGAUCAGAUCCAAUGA